AUGGCCACCGCUGUGACCACGCUCGACCUGCCCGGCCUGCACAAGAUCGCCACCGGCAAGGUGCGCGAGGUGUUUGAGACCGAGGGCGACGACCAGACGCUGCUGUUUGUGGCGACCGACCGCAUCUCGGCCUACGACGUCGUGCUGCAGAACGGCAUUCCCGGCAAGGGCACCGUGCUGACUCAGCUGUCGGCCUACUGGUUCCAUCUGCUGGCCGAGGCCGCCAUCCCGGGCAAGCCGCUGCGCACCCACCUGGUCUCGCUGUCACCGUCAUCGUCGUCGUCGUCGUCGUCGUCGUCGAGCCUCGCCCCGACUGAGCUGGCCCUCCUCCGCGGCCGCUGCAUGCGCGUCCGCCGCCUGCGCAUGUUCCCGGUCGAGGCCAUUGUGCGCGGCUAUCUCGCCGGCAGCGCCUACGCCGAGUACGUUCAGCACGGCACCGUUCACGGCGAGUCUGAUCCUGUCCGCUUUCCUCCCGGCAUGGCCCGCUGCCAGCGCCUGCCCGCACCCGUCUACACGCCCUCGACCAAGGCCGAGCUCGGCCAACACGACGAGAACAUCUCGCGCGAACGCGCCGCUCAGCUCAUCGGCAACCCCGUCCAUGCGGCCCGCAUCGAGGAGCUCGCCCUGGCUGUCUACACCGCCGCUGCUGCGCAUGCUCGUGACCGCGGCGUCAUCAUCGCCGACACCAAGUUCGAGUUCGGCCUCGACGAGGCCACCGGCGAAGUCGUUCUCGCCGACGAGGUCCUCACACCCGACUCCUCCCGCUUCUGGCUCGCCGACAACUACCAGCCUGGCCGCGAGCAGGACAGCCUCGACAAGCAGUUCCUGCGCGACUGGCUCGUCCAGCACGGCCUCAAGGGCAAGGACGGCGUCGCCAUGCCCCCCGACAUCGCUCAGGCCACCGCCGAUCGCUACGCCGAGGUCUUCCGUCUGCUGACCGGCAACACUGUCGAGGCUGCUCUCGAGAAGCUAGAUAAACAGUAG